AUGGUUUUCUCUUUUACAUCUUUGGGUGGAAAGGUAGAUCGUUCUGUUAAAAAAGGCCGUGGCCCAUCCAUGUUUGCUUUGCAAGGUGAAAACUAUCAUUUGAUGGGUUCUUUAAAACCAAAGGCUGGUGAUUAUGCAAAGUUUCAACAACUUUAUAUUGUUGACACUCAAAAUGAAGUCCAAAAUAGAAUGAAUGUUAUGAGCAAAGAAGGACGUCAAGUCAAAGUCGAUGGGAAGAAAAAAUUCAGGCCAGAUCUUGUGGAAAGCUUAAUCAAAUUGUUGGACGAAGUUAAUCCUCAUGUAAGAGCUUUUAGAAUGGCUAGAGAUAGGUUUGAUAUGGAGAAAGAAGAAUCAAACUUCCAUAUGAGGAUUAUCUCAAGUCGCAAAACCGAUGGUAGGGAAUACAACAUCCCUACGGCCUCUGAAGUUGCUGCACUGAUUCCAGGAGAUAUUGAUGCGAAUAUGGAUAAAAGAGAUAUCGUCCUCCAAAAAAGAAGUGGAAAAUUACUAAGAAUUCAUGAAUGCCAUGUCGCAUAUCUAGCCUUACAGUAUCCUUUGUUGUUUCCAAGAGGAGAAGAUGGCUACAGACUUGGUAUUAAGAAGACAAAGAUAACAAGAGGAAGGAUAUCAAAGAAACAGUCAAAGAAAAAGAGUUCAAAUAAAAAAAGUCAGAAGGAUUUUAUUGUUGAUGCCUAUACCAUGAUCGAAACAAAUAGGCUAAGGUAUUUAAAAAAAAACCAAAAGAAACUUCGAAGGACAUACAAGGAAGAUUUGAGGAAAGCAGCAGAAGCUGGAGACGACAAUUUAAACAAUUAUGGAGACUCUUUCACGCUACCUGCUUCUUUUACUGGAGGACCAAGGUAUAUGAGGCAGAGCUACCUUGAUGCAAUGGCUACAUGUAAGAAGUUUGGGUUUCCAGACCUCUUUAUUACAUUCACAUGCAAUCCUAAGUGGCCUGAAAUUGUAAGAUUUGUGAAUGAGAGGAAGCUAAAGGCUGAAGAUAGACCAGACACCAUUUGCAAAAUAUUCAAGAUCAAGCUUGAGAAUCUAAUGGAUGACAUCACAAGAAAACAUAUUUUUGGGAAAACAGUUUCAGCUAUGUACACAGUAGAGUUUCAAAAAAGGGGUCUUCCGCAUGCUCAUAUUAUAGUAUGGAUGGAUCCGAAAUGCAAGUUUCCUACUGCAGACGAAAUUGACAAGUUGAUUUGUGCUGAAAUUCCAGACAAGGAAACAGAUCCAGAACUCUACAAUAUAAUAUCAGAAUGUAUGAUUCAUGGUCCAUGUGGUGCUGCUUACCCCUCAUCUCCUUGCAUGGAAGAAGGUAGCUGUUCAAAAUUUUUCCCAAAACCACAUGUUAAAACCACCAGCAUUGACAAGGAAGGUUACCCGGUUUAUAGAAGAAGAAAUGAUGAGCGUUUUAUCGAGAAGAAUGGUUUCAAAUGUGAUAACCGAUAUGUUGUCCCUUACAAUCGGUUUUUGUUGGUAAAAUAUCAUGCUCAUAUAAAUGUGGAGUGGUGCAACCAAACAGGUUCAGUGAAGUACUUAUUUAAGUAUGUUCACAAAAGUAAUGAUCGAGUUGGUGUCAUUGUUGAACCUCAUAAAAAAAAAGGAACUGAAGAAGGUCAGAAGAAUCUUCAAAAUGAGAAUACCCCAGCAUCAAAAGAUGAAAUACAAGAUUACUUCGAUGGCAGAUAUGUAUCUGCGUGUGAGGCUAUGUGGAGGAUUUUAGCUUACCCAAUACACUAUAGGCAAACCGCUGUUGUCCCACUCACUUUCCAUGAGGAAGGCAAACAUCCUAUUUAUUUUCGGGACGGUGAGUCUGCACAGGAUGUCAUGGAUCGUGACUCUCUUGAUGAAUCUCAGUUUCUUGCUUUAUUUGAACUUAAUAAACGUGAUGAAGAAGCUAGGAAGUUAUUAUAUGAAGAAAUACCAAGCAAGUUUAUAUGGGAUGGGAAGGAGAAAGUUUUUUACAGAAGGAAAACAAGAGCAUUUGCUAUAGGGAGAAUUAACUACGUUCCUCCGACGAUAGACGAUGCAUAUCAUUUGAGGAUUCUUCUCAAUUCAGUCAGAGGUCCUACCAGUUUUGAUCACAUUAAAACUGUGAAUGGUGUCAUACACAAAUCGUAUCGUGAAGCAUGUUAUGCUCUUGGUCUGUUAGAUGAUGACAAAGAAUAUAUUGAAGGUAUUAAAGAAGCACACUUCAUGUGUUCUGCAAAGUACGUUCGUAAAAUGUUUGUGAGGAUGCUUCUCUCCGCCGUGCUAAGUGCUCCUCAUAUUGUGUGGGAAGAAACUUGGACUAUGUUAUCUGAUGACAUAUUAAGGCGUAAAAGAGAAGAACUAAAAUGA